UUUGCCAUGCAGGUAUUCACGCUCGCUAUCUCGCGCGUGCUGUUGCCUGCCUUAUCGUUCGCCACCACCGAGACUGCGUCGACAUGCCGGUCCCAAGGAAAUGGCUGGAAAACUCAAGCCUUCUACCGAACAACGCCCCUUACCCAACCGGUAGCCAGUACCUCAACCGACCAGAUGGCGCUAACCCUGGAACACUCGGUCCUCACUUCACCGUGGGAGGCCGCAUCGCCUGGAACAUCAACCUGUUCGUCGCCUACAAGAGAGCUGCGAUCAACCGCGGCGCUUCGUGGGCUCGACAGCUGUGCUACAGCACAGAGCAAUAACCCGCUUACCUUUGCCAUGCAGGUAUUCACGCUCGCUAUCUCGCGCGUGCUGUUGCCUGCCUUAUCGUUCGCCACCACCGAGACUGCGUCGACAUGCCGGUCCCAAGGAAAUGGCUGGAAAACUCAAGCCUUCUACCGAACAACGCCCCUUACCCAACCGGUAGCCAGUACCUCAACCGACCAGAUGGCGCUAACCCUGGAACACUCGGUCCUCACUUCACCGUGGGAGGCCGCAUCGCCUGGAACAUCAACCUGUUCGUCGCCUACAAGAGAGCUGCGAUCAACCGCGGCGCUUCGUGGGCUCGACAGCUGUGCUACAGCACAGAGCAAUAACCCGCUUACCUUUGCCAUGCAGGUAUUCACGCUCGCUAUCUCGCGCGUGCUGUUGCCUGCCUUAUCGUUCGCCACCACCGAGACUGCGUCGACAUGCCGGUCCCAAGGAAAUGGCUGGAAACUCAAGCCUUCUACCGAACAACGCCCCUUACCCAACCGGUAGCCAGUACCUCAACCGACCAGAUGGCGCUAACCCUGGAACACUCGGUCCUCACUUCACCGUGGGAGGCCGCAUCGCCUGGAACAUCAACCUGUUCGUCGCCUACAAGAGAGCUGCGA